UAAUUUUGACUCUUCCUGUUCUUUCCAGUGUCUUCAUUGUGAUGGCGCAUCCGGUGGGUGUGUCUCUGGUGUGAUUGACAGCUUGCGCUAAAGGAAUGGACUACAGUGAGGAAAAGAACGAGUAGAGACCACGCCCCAAAACAUCAUGAAGCUCAACUCAUCCUGAAUCGCACACACGUCACACAAUCACACAAACGAACUUCCUCGCCAUGGGCUCUGUGUACCUGUGGAAGUUGUCCUCCCAAAAGCUGGGAUUCUUCUUGGUGAGUUUCGGCUUCAUUUGGGGGAUGAUGCUGCUUCAUUUCACCAUCCAGCAGAGGGCGACGCACGAAAGCAGCGCUCAACUACGUAUGCAAAUAUUGGACCUCAGCAAGCGAUAUAUCAAAGCUCUUGCUGAGGAGAACCAGAGCGUGAUGGACGGACCCUACGUCGGCACCAUGACUGCAUACGAUCUGAAGAAGACUCUAGCUGUUCUUCUGGAUAAUAUAAUGCAGAGAUUAUCAAAGCUGGAGUCUAAAGUGGACAAUAUCAUGUACAACGGCACCAGUACCAACCUGACCAAUGGAACUGGGACCCCUGGACCGAACCCCAUCAACCCAGAAAAAGUCAAUGUGGCAGACUUGCUGAACGGAGCACAGGAGAAAUGUGAACUACCCUCGCUUGACGGGUUUCCGCAUUGUGAAGGGAAGUUGAAGUGGAUGAAGGACAUGUGGCGUUCGGACCCCUGCUAUGGCAACUACGGAGUGGACGGAUCCACCUGUUCAUUCUUCAUUUAUCUGAGUGAGGUUGAAAACUGGUGCCCUCGCCUGCCGUGGAGGAUCAAGAAUAAUGCUGAUGAAGCUGACAGGAAUACACAGACGGAGAUCCGCACGAGUUUCGACGAGCUGUAUCGCGUGAUGUCGCGGCGCGAGGAGUUUCGCUGGAUGAUGCUGCGGAUCAAGCGCAUGGAGGAGCCGUGGGUCAGCGCCGUCCGCUCCCUCGCCACCAAACAAAACCUCAACAACCACAAGCGCAAAAAGAUCCUGGUGCACCUGGGUCUCCUGACGAAGGAGUCUGGUUUUAAGAUAGCGGAGAACGCGUUCAGCGGAGGUCCUCUGGGCGAGCUGGUUCAGUGGAGUGACCUGAUCACCACUCUGUAUCUGCUGGGACACGACAUCCGCAUCUCAGCGUCUCUCGCAGAGCUCAAGGAGAUCAUGAAGAAGGUCAUGGGCAACAAGUCCAGCUGCCCUACAAAGGGUGAUAAGAUUGUGGAGCUCAUCUACAUAGACAUCGUGGGUCUGGCUCAGUUCAAGAAGACUCUGGGCCCGUCCUGGGUCCAUUAUCAGUGCAUGCUGAGGGUCUUAGACUCGUUUGGGACGGAGCCAGAGUUUAACCACGCCCACUACGCCCAGUCGAAAGGGCACAAAACUCCGUGGGGCAAGUGGAACCUGAACCCCCAGCAGUUCAACACCAUGUUUCCUCACACUCCAGAUAACAGCUUCCUGGGCUUCGUGGUGGAGCAGCACCUGAACGCCAGCGACGUCAAGCACAUCGACGACAUCAAGCGGCAAAACCAGUCGCUGGUGUACGGCAAGGUGGACAACUUCUGGAAGGAUAAAAAGAAAUACUUGGACGUCAUUCACUCGUACAUGGAAGUGCACGGCACGGUCCACGGCACGAGUACGGUCCACCUGCCGGCCUACGUGAAGAACCACGGCAUCCUGAGUGGACGCGACCUCCAGUUCCUUCUGCGCGAGACCAAGCUAUUUGUCGGACUGUCCUUCCCGUACGAGGGACCCCACCCACACCUGGAGGCCAUAGCCGAUGGCUGCACUUCACCCAACCCAAGGUCGGACCCGCCUAAAAGCAGAAAAAACACCGAUUUCUUCAAGGGCAAACCCACACUCAGAGAGGUACUUAUUUAUCACCACCCUUAUGCUGAGGUUUACAUCGCGACGGCCACAUACGUCUGGAACGUCAACAUAGAUGAUCGCGAGGUGCAGAACGAAACCAUUAAAGCCAUCCUCAGUCAGAAGUUGGAGCCGUAUCUGCCGUAUGAGUUCACCUGUGAGGGGAUGUUACAGCGCGUGCACGCUUUCAUCGAGAACCAGGAUUUCUGUUACGGUCUUGCUGAACCUGUACCUCUCAGCGCCAUGCAGGUCAAGUUCGCUCCGGCAGGUAAAUCCUGCAAGCAGGUGUGUCAGGAGGAGCAGCUGAUCUGUGAACCCUCCUUCUUCCAGCAUCUCAAUAAAGACAAGGAUCUGUUCAGGUAUGGUGUGGAGUGUAAGACGGUGGAGUCUGCCAGCGAUAACGUGGUCCCCGCCUUCAGCGACUCAACGGGGCAUUGCAUGUUCCAGUCGGACCUGCUGCUGUUCAGCUGCGCCGGGGCCCAUCAGUCCCUCACGCGCAUCUGUCCCUGCAGAGACUACAUGAAAGGACAGGUGGCGCUGUGCAAGGACUGCUUAUAACACGCACACUUCAGCAACUCCGUACGACUAACCUGGUGGUUCAUCAGCCGCCGUACAGGACAGGACGGGACUGUUACAAAGCGCAAUGCAGACAGUGGCAGUGUUGUAACGUGCGGUGAUGCGAUUAAAGAAUUCAGAGUAAUCCAACUCUUGUUUUAUUCCCAUAAACUCA